AUGUGGGUAGUGGAGAAGAUCCGAGUGUCAAUGGAGAGCUCCAUCCUGCCCAUGUCAACAACGGAUUUCAACUUCAAGAUCGGUGAAAUCAUGUUUGGGGAAAAGUCGGACAAAGACAAAAAAAUUUCCCUCUUCCCUAACGUCAUCACCCCAGACAACAUCCCUGAGUUCUGCAUCCCGCCAACAAUUCCUUCCCUGCAGGAGCUAAAGAAUGCCGAACACACACGAACCCUUCGUGCUACCAAAAUGAGUCUUUGCGAAAAGGCUGAGGUUAAUGCGGUGCACCAUGAGCCUUUGAACCCUCACAUUAUCCAGGUGGAAAGUGUGGAUGAGGGACCUUAUGAUGGCUGUAGUGACGAGGAAACAACAAACGCAGACCCCCAAAGCCAGGCUGCUUUGUCUCUCCCCCAUAUGGCAAAAGCGCAGACCUGCUACGGCUUUUGCACCUUAUUGGAGAGCCCCCACACCAGGAGGAAGGAGUCUCUCUUCCACGAACCAGGUUCCUCUCCACUCUUGCUUCCUAGGAGCCGAUCCGCCACCUGCACUAAAGUCACCUCCCCAACUUUGUCUUCACCUUCCUCCUUUAGCCUCAAUGCUUUGUCCUCCAGAUUUGCCACGAGAGGACACUGUCUCAACUGGCAGGGCGCUCUAGACAGUGAUACCACAUCCUCGACUGAGUCAUCGCCCUUCAAUUCGCCCCUUCUGACUAGAUGCCCCAACAAGUCAUCCCUCUUCAAGGCACUGAGCCAUGAACUUCUGCUAUCACGGAACAUGAGGAAGGCAAUGGUGUCCAGGAAUAAUUCCCUGUCCACAGAUGAAGGCAGCUCGACUGAUAACAGUCCUAAUGUGAUGAGGAGGGCGUCAGAGGACAUAACAGAGGGCCUCCCCAGCUGCUAUAGCCUGGCACCCCCAACUAUCUUCCCCAUGGAUUUGACGCUGCAUAAGGAGCGGGUAAUGAAGGAAAAAAUGGUUCCGAUAGGGAAGGACGGCAGCCUGAGACUUUCGGCAGAGUACUGCUCAGAAAACCAAAGACUAAGGGUACGACUGAUCAGUGCCGAGGGCUUGUACCCGCUGUCUGUAGACCCCAAGAUCAUUAACUGCAGUGUCAGCAUCUCACUGGCUCCAGGAAAAGUUCAGAAACAACGAAGCACUGUCAUCCGAAAGAGUCGCAAUCCCAUCUUCAAUGAAGAUUUCUUUUUCGACGGCAUCUCAGAGCAAGACAUCAAUGUGCGCUCGCUUCGCUUCAAACUGGUCAACAAAAUGUCCACCCUUAAAAGAGACUAUCUUCUGGGUAGCUGUGAUCUGCCACUUAGUACCAUUGUCACCUUAAACCAUUAA